ACGCGCAUCCGUCGCCCGGGAGGAAGGGCUGCCGCCGCGCCUGCGCAGUCUCUACCGCCGGCUCGCGGCGCGUGGACCGUGCUCUGCGCCGCGCGCGUCCACACGGCUCCGGGUUCCGGCGGCGGCGGCGACGCGUGGCGCUCGCGAGCCAUGUCGUGGCUCUUCGGCAUCAAGGGCCCCAAGGGCGAAGGCGCGGGGCCGCCGCUUCCCCUGCCUCCCGUGCAGCCCGGGGCCGAGGGCGGCGGGGACCGCGGCGCGGGGGACCGGCCUGCGCCCAAGGACAAAUGGAGCAACUUCGACCCGACGGGCCUGGAGCGCGCGGCCAAGGCGGCACGCGAGUUGGAGCACUCGCGACACGCCAAGGAGGCACUGAGUCUGGCACAGAUGCAGGAGCAGACGCUUCAGCUGGAACAUCAGGCCAAGCUCAAGGAGUACGAGGCGGCCGUGGAGCAGCUGAAGGGCGAGCAGAUCCGCGCGCAGGCCGAGGAGCGGAGGAAGACCCUGAGCGAGGAGACGCGGCAGCACCAGGCCAGGGCCCAGUACCAGGACAGGCUCUCCCGGCAGCGCUACGAGGACCAGCUGAGGCAGCAGCAACUUCUCAGCGAGGAGAACCUACGGAAGCAGGAGGAGUCGGUGCAGAAGCAGGAGGCCCUGCGGCGAGCCACCGUGGAGCGGGAGAUGGAGCUCCGGCACAAGAGCGAGAUGCUGCGGGUGGAGGCCGAGGCGCGUGCCCGGGCCAAGGCUGAGCGCGACAACGCCGACAUCACCCGCGAGCAGAUCCGCCUGAAGGCUGCUGAGCACCGCCAGACCAUCCUGGAGUCCAUCAGGACGGCUGGCACCGUGUUUGGUGAAGGAUUCCAUGCCUUUGUGACAGACUGGGACAAAGUGACAGCCACGGUGGCUGGGCUGACGCUGCUGGCCGCUGGCAUCUAUUCCGCCAAGAACGCCACGUCGGCCAUAGGGCGCUACGUGGAGACCCGUCUGGGGAAGCCGUCCCUGGUGCGGGAGACCUCUCGAAUCACGCUGCUGGAGCUGCUGAGGCACCCCGUGCAGGUCAGCAGGCGGCUCCUCAGUAAGCCUCAGGACGCAUUGGAGGGCGUCGUCCUCAGUCCCAGCCUGGAGGCUCGCGUGCGGGACAUCGCCAUUGCCACGAGGAACACCAAGAAGAACAGGAGUCUAUACCGGAAUAUCCUGAUGUAUGGACCACCUGGGACUGGCAAGACGUUGUUUGCCAGGAAACUCGCGCUGCACUCAGGCAUGGACUAUGCCAUCAUGACGGGUGGGGAUGUGACCCCCAUGGGGCGGGACGGCGUGACCGCCAUGCACAAGGUCUUCGACUGGGCCAGCACCAGCCGGCGAGGCCUCCUGCUCUUCGUGGACGAAGCAGACGCCUUUCUCAGGAAGCGAGCAACUGAGAAGAUCAGCGAGGACCUCAGGGCCACCCUGAACGCGUUCCUGCACCGGACUGGCCAGCACAGCAGCAAGUUCAUGCUGGUCCUGGCCACCAACCAGCCCGAGCAGCUUGACUGGGCCAUCAAUGACCGCGUCGGCGAGAUGGUCCGCUUCGACCUGCCACGGCGGGAGGAGCGGGAGCGCCUGGUGAGAAUGUAUUUUGACAAGUAUGUUCUUAAACCAGCCACAGAAGGAAAGCAGCGCUUGAAGCUGGCCCAGUUUGACUACGGGAAGAAGUGCUCAGAGAUCGCACAGCUGACGGAGGGCAUGUCGGGCCGGGAGAUCUCCCAGCUUGCUGUGGCGUGGCAGGCCAUGGCAUAUGCCUCUGAGGAUGGGGUCCUCACCGAGGCCAUGAUGGACGCCCGGGUCCAGGAUGCCAUCCAGCAGCACAAGCAGAAGAUGCAGUGGCUGAAGGCGGAGGGGAGCCGGCCCCUGCUCCCAAGCUCACAGGCCGCGUGAGCCGGGCCUGGACGCCUGCAGCACGCAGACCAGGCGGCAUCACCAAGAAGAAACACCCAGGCGCCCGGCUCCCAGCGGACGUGGCGGCACCACACAGCCGCCCCCCUCCUGGCGUGUGUGAUCUUCCUCCGGUCAGGCCCACGGCGGCAGGGCAGCGCUAAAGGCCUCUGCUCAGGACCAGCUGUGCUGUGCAGCCUUGAGGCGGGGUUGGUUCCUCUGACCCCCCAGCCGUCCCCAGGACACUCCUGGGAGACGUGUCCCUCCAGGCCCAGCCCAGACGGGGAGCAGGCACUGUCUGCCAUGCCCGGGGCAGCGGCCAAGCUGGCAGCACAGCUUCCCAGGCAGAUGCUGGCUGCUGCAGCUGUGACCAGCAGUAGGGGGCCCGGCCAAGGGAGGGGACCUGACCUUGCCCAGUCCCUCCCAGGGCCAGAACCGAGCCCAUGAUGAGCAGAGCUGGCCUCUGUGCAGCCCAGCGUGCCCACUGCUGUCCUCGGGAGGGGAGUGCCCUUGAGGUUUGUGAACCCGUAAACCCAGGUGCCAAGAGCCAGCCCACCGACAUGCGAUGGCCAAGGAUGUGCGGAGCGGGGGGACUGUCCUGCCCACGGAAGCCGCAGCUCUCCCGGAUUGGAAUUGGGGGUCUUUUUAUCCAGAAUCUAAUAAAAACUGACAGAUACGUCUCA